AAAGACCAAAAGCCCCAUCAUGAACCUGGAGCCACCCAAGCCUGAGAUUAGAUCAGCCACCAGAGUGGUUGGAGGACCAGUUACCCCUAGGAAAGGACCACCUAAAUUCAAGCAGCGGCAAACCCGCCAGUUCAAGAGCAAGCCUCCCAAGAAAGGUGUACAAGGUUUUGGUGAUGACAUUCCUGGAAUGGAGGGCUUGGGAACAGACAUCACUGUCAUCUGUCCCUGGGAAGCCUUCAACCACUUGGAGCUGCAUGAGUUGGCCCAAUACGGCAUCAUUUAGCUGACCUGUCCAACCACAGGUCU